CCACCUAAUUGAAGGCCCGAUACAUCCGCCGCUGUCCCCGCACUUGUAUCGGGAGCUGGCGCUGACUUGAAGCUGAGAACCUUCAGACAUGUCGGUGAGGGAGUCCUUCAAUCCCGAAAGCUACGAGCUUGACAAGAAUUUCCGGCUCACGCGUUUUGCAGAGCUCAAGGGAACGGGAUGCAAGGUGCCCCAAGAUGUUUUACAGAAGCUUUUAGAAAACCUACAAGAGAACCAUUACCAAGAAGAUGAACAGUUCCUGGGUGCAGUCAUGCCACGAUUAGGCAUCGGUAUGGACACUUGUGUGAUCCCACUACGACACGGAGGCCUUUCACUCGUCCAGACAACGGACUACAUCUACCCCAUAGUGGACGACCCUUACAUGAUGGGUCGAGUCGCAUGCGCAAACGUUCUCAGCGACCUGUACGCCAUGGGGGUGACGGAAUGUGACAACAUGUUGAUGUUGCUUGGCGUCAGCAACAAAAUGUCGGAAAAGGAGAGAGACAAAGUCAUGCCGCUCAUCAUGCAGGGCUUUAAAGACGCUGCUGAAGAGGCGGGCACAUCCGUGACGGGGGGACAAACGGUGCUUAAUCCAUGGGUGGUCUUGGGGGGCGUCGCUACCACUGUGUGCCAACCAAAUGAAUUCAUUAUGCCAGACAAUGCAGUGCCAGGUGACGUACUGGUGCUAACCAAGCCGUUGGGGACACAAGUGGCAGUGGCUGUGCAUCAGUGGCUCGAUAUUCCGGAGAAGUGGAAUAAGAUCAAGUUGGUGGUGACGCAGGAAGACGUUGAGCUAGCUUACCACGAAGCAAUGAUGAACAUGGCGCGACUCAACAGGACAGCCGCCAGUCUGAUGCACACGUUCAACGCACACGCCGCCACCGACAUCACGGGCUUCGGAAUCCUAGGCCACGCCCAGACGCUGGCCAAGCAACAGCGCAGCGAGGUGUCCUUCGUCAUCCACAACCUUCCCGUUCUGGCCAAGAUGGCCGCCGUGUCCAAGGCUUGCGGCAACAUGUUCGGCCUCAUGCACGGGACCUGCCCCGAGACAUCAGGAGGUCUACUCAUCUGUCUGCCCCGCGAGCAGGCUGCACGCUUCUGCGCCGAAAUCAAGUCCCCCAAGUACGGUGAGGGCCAUCAGGCGUGGAUCAUCGGCAUUGUGGAGAAGGGCAACCGCACGGCGCGCAUCAUCGACAAGCCGCGGAUUAUCGAGGUGGCGCCGCAGGCAGCCGCCGCCGCUGCGCAGACCGUCAACCCCACGCCUGUUGCCACCACAUAAUCCCCCCGCGCUUCCGUCAUCACCAUGCAACUACAGCGUCCACUAGUUUGAGUGGCAUGACAUCACCUCAUUGGACUCCACCUUUUAACUCAAUCACUGCCAUUGGCGGUGAUAGACGGCCAGCCCUUUACGGUUUGGACAUCUAUCGUCGUCAGUGGCAGUGUUUGAGUUAAAGAAUCGCUCAUUUGUUGGCGUGUUGCGUCAAAACUUUGCAAGCAGGACCGCGGCUUGUUUUGUUCCACUUUUGUACAGUUCUAAACUUUUUUGCUGUAACUGAUGCCUUGAAAGAAAGUGUUAGCUGAGUGUUUGUUAUUUUGGAUUCAUUCGACUUUUUGUAUUGACCCCACCAGAAUAAAUAAAUACGUA